UCUACAUGACAGCGUGAACUUCACAACACACUCAUUCGACCGGCUGCUCCUCGACUUGAUCAGCUAAACCUUGCUGGCAGCAUGAGAGCAGUAUUAUGACUACGGCUUUUUUGAGAAAUACUGCAACCUGGAAUAUCAUGCCUAGAAUUUAAAGUUCUGAAAAGCUUUGACGGAAUUAGAGAGCGCAAUGGGAAAUACUGUGAAAACGCCGAGAGCCUCUGAAGAAACAAGUGUGCCGAGCCAAACGGGUCAGGAGAGUGAUUUCCUUGCUGUACUCUAUGACUAUCCUUCAGCAGACAUAAGCCAACCUAUAUUUCAUGUAGGGGAAAAACUACGUGUGCUGUCAGAUGAAGGAGGCUGGUGGAGAGUCCAUUCCCUCACAACAGGUCGAGAAAAUUAUAUUCCAGGAAAAUAUGUAGCAAAGGUUUACCAUGGCUGGUUAUUUGAAGGGCUGGGAAGAGAAAAAGCAGAGGAACUUCUACAGCUACCCAACACCAAGGUUGGCUCCUUCAUGAUCAGAGAGAGUGAAACUAGGAAAGGGUUAUACUCCUUGUCGGUGCGGCACAGACAAGUGAAACAUUACAGGAUCUUCCGCCUUCCAAAUAACUGGUAUUACAUUUCUCCACGGCAAACCUUUCAGUGCCUUGAAGACCUUGUGAAUCACUACUCAGAAGUUGCUGAUGGUCUUUGCUGCGUCCUUACAACACCUUGUCUUACCCAGUGCACUAACAACAACAGCGUCACAAAUCAAGUUCCUCCUGUGAUGAUGCGGAAUAAAAACUUCAACUGGAGAAACAUUCACAGGCUGGAGAUGACUGAAGAUACUGAAAGUACCCUGGCAGCAAUGGAUGAUUCUUGUCUCAGCUAUGGCCUGAGGGAAAGUAUUGCUUCCUACCUCUCCUUAACAGGGGAUGACAACACUUCUUUUGCAAGUGCCAGAAAGAAGAAAGCCCAAUCCCUGAUAUACACAGGGAGCAAACGAAAGAGUACCCUUCACUUGCCACCUACGUACUAUGAAGACUAAAUGUAAGACAACCGGGGGCGAAAAAAGCAACUGAGGGGUAAGAAGAGAAACUCAGAGCAUCCUGUGGUCCUGCAGUCCUUCAGCAGCUGAGAGAUACAAGGACAUCAGCUGAUGAUCAAACUCUGGCAAUGAUUGAUUCUGCAUUUCCUCUUCUGAAUGUUAACCAGAGACCUUCUUAAGGGUGCUAUCUCAGACCCGGCAUAUGCUGGGAACAUCCCCGCUGCACCUGCAAUUAGAACCUGCUCAUAAACAGAGAUAGACUGUAAGUCAAGAGCCAAGUGAGGCAGAUGACUCUUCAGCAAGGGCGAUGCCCAUCAUUCUACAAAGGUGAUCACAUAGGGAAGGACUAACUACAGCUCAAGAACUUAAAAUAAAUCUUACUCUGGUAUUCUCCACAAAGCUGAAAACUGCCUUUACAGAACCUACCUACACUGAAAACAGAAGCCUUUUUCUUCUCUAUAUAUAAUCCUUGAUUGUCAUUGACAAUGGGGCAGAAAGUCAUCAAUAACCCCAAGAAAGUAACAUCCAGCAUCCAAGAAACAUCCAAUUAUAUUGACUCCAUACUUUUGUCUUUUUUACUUCUUAGGGGAAAAAAUUAAAAUCAUUGACUUUCCAAGUGGCAUUUAAUUCAACAACUGGUAACAGCCUGCAGUGUCACAAAAUUAAGAAUAGGCUUAACUCACUGAGAAAAGCAGUUCCUGCUUAGCCUUGAGCUGGGAAUACAGGCAUAUGCAAAAUCAUAACUCAGCUGCUCAUAGUCUAGCAGAUAUACAACAAAGAACAAAGGGGUUUUUGAGCAAAAAUUAAAAUGUGGUAAUAUCAUGCCUAAGUGCAAAGUAUGCUUGCAAAGGUGUGACUUUUUAUGUGUAGAGGACCAAAUUUUAACCUUAUCUCCUGAAGCCACCCCCGUAUUUAUGUAUAAUAUUUAUAUUAAUAGCAGCUUUUUUAAUAAUGAAACUAAGAGAGAAAAUCAGCAUGGUGGAUGUUAAAGAGUUUCCUGAAUUUCUCGUCUGAAGGGAGUUAGGUCAAAUAGUAAUGACACAUUUCAAACUGCUUAAAUAUUUGCAACUCUGUUAUCUGAAAUUUCAUGAAUUAGACAAUUUAUAUAUAUA